UGGCCCCAGCACGGACCAGCCUCUGAAGUCACAUGGUCCUUUGAGGGCUUGGGAGACUCACACCCUCCACACAGAGCCCACCCACCUCCGGUGUUCAGCUUGACUCUGGACUUUAAUCCAAACAGUAAGGACAAAGGCCGAGGAGGAGGGGGGGAUGCUGUCCCCCCACGGGGUCCUGUGGCUCUCUAAGCCCCAACUCCUUCUCAUCUCUGUCUGCAGAGCCUUGUUCAAACCCACAGAAAGAAAAGCACCUUCUGGGGGCUGUUGUUUUACCAACCAUGAGUGAGGCUCCGUGCUGUCCCACGGGAGCCGCUUUCCCACGGGAGCCACGGGGCUGGGGCUCACCCCCAGGGUUAUUCGACGUAAGCAUUCUGGCUCUUCUCUAUCCUUUGCUGCUUCAAAAAGAGCCUGCCCUGCUCGGCUCUGCCCCAAACCCCAUGACCCAGCCCACGCACAUCCCUCUGGACUGGCCUCGUGGUCAGAGCCAGAAGUUCCUGGAACAGUGUUUGGGCUGCUGGGGGCCUGUGGGCUGCCUUCCACCUGAACCCUUGACCUCUUCAAGACUGUCCGGGAGCCAGCAGGAGGGUGAGUGUUCCACGUUUCCCCUCCACUUCUCUGCCCUUUCUAGACUGGGUCCAUUAGGUAAAGCUGUCUUUUGGCCCCCUUUUCAGGGGUGGAGUUUAGAGGGCAGGUCAGGAGCCAGGAUUACAGCUUGAAACACCAAAAAACAAAAAACUAUUGCACCGUUGUGUCUAGUUUCAGUCUUCUAUUUUCUACACACUAAACCCACAUCUUAGGUUUUCAGGCUGGUCUAAGCUUGAUUCCAGCUGGGCACUGAGCAGGGUAGCACAGAGGGGCCCUCCCACCCCGAACUUCACCCUUUGCUUCCUGGACAACAGCCAAGUCCCAGUGCUGGCUCCAGAUCCCUCCCACUUUGGACCUACAAGACCUUCAGCUCAGAGGGCAGUUCUGCCCUCACCAUACCACACCCGUUCUAAGCCGCAGUACGCAUAAGUCAAGGGGCCAAGAUCCAGAGAAGUCAGGUGAGGGCAAGGUUGUGGGCCGGCUGGGCUGGAUCUCCCUCAGCUUGUGCCGCUGGCUCUUAUCCUGUCUCUUGAUCUUUCUGGUCCAGCUUCUCACAUCCUGCCCUCUCCCCAUGGAUUGCCCACCUCAAUCUACAGCUUGGCCUGAAUAAUCCCUCCUUCCCCUCCCAUUUCACUGCUCCCUCCCCUCUUCCUCCUCCAGUGAGUCAUCAGUUUCGCCCAUUCACGAACCAGAUUCUGGCUCCGCAAACAGUUGCUCAAUUGGCUGUGUUUUUCUCCAAGCUGGGGAGGGUAGCUGGGCAAGCGGGGUCUCAGGCCCAACUGGCCUUUUUGGAGUUUUCCAACAUAUGUGAGGGGCCAGGAGGGGAGCUGGUCAGGGAGGAGCCCGCCAGGAUUAGGCCCAGAGGCAAAGCAGGAAGAGAAAGCAAGCUGGGGGCUGGCAGGAAGUUCAGACAGGCAGGACCCUAGAGUAGGUUUUCUCAAGUGCACAAUGGAAUCCCCUGGAGAGCUUCCAAAAAACUGCUAUCUGGGUCCCAUCCCCAGAGAGCGUUUUAAUUGGUUUGGGGGUUUUAAAAGCUCUGCAGGCAUGGGCUUCCCUGGUGGCGCUGUGGUUGAGAGUCCGCCUGCCGAUGCGGGGCACACGGGUUCGUGCCCCGGUCCGGGAAGAUCCCACAUGCCGCGGAGCGGCUGGGCCCGUGAGCUAUGGCCGCUGGUGUGACCCACUGCGUGAGCGCUGGAUCUGACUUUGAAUCCCAGCCCCACCUCACUAGCUCUGUGAGCAUGGGCAAGUGCCUCCCUCAAGUCUGUUUCCUUACCUUAAAGCGAGAAUUCAACAGCUGGCGCCACUGUGAUAUCGUUGAGGGAAGGAAGCUACACUCUGGCCCCUGACGUGGCAGCAUGGAGCUGGUCGAGGACACCUCCCGCCCGCCACUGGAGUACAUGAAGGGGAUCCCUCUCAUCAAGUACUUUGCAGAGGGACUGGGGCCGCUGCAGAGCUUCCAAGCCUGGCCCAAUGACCUGCUCAUCAGCACCUACCCCAAAUCCGGCACCACCUGGGUAAGCGAGAUCCUGGACCUGAUCUACCAGGGUGGCGACCUGGAGAAGUGUCAAAGAGCCCCCAUCUUCGUCCGGGUACCCUUCCUUGAGUUCAGGGUCCCUGGGGUUCCCACAGGUGCUGAGCUUCUGGAAGAUACACCAGCCCCACGGCUGAUCAAGACACACUUGCCCCUGGCUCUGCUUCCACCGACGCUGCUGGAUCAGAAGGUCAAGGUGGUCUACAUUGCCCGCAAUGCAAAGGAUGUGGCUGUCUCCUAUUACCACUUCUACCGCAUGGCCAAGGUGCACCCUGACCCUGGCUCCUGGGACAGCUUCCUGGAGAAGUUCAUGGCUGGGGAAGUGUCCUACGGGUCCUGGUACCAGCACGUGCAGGAGUGGUGGGAGCUGAGUCACACCCACCCUGUUCUCUACCUCUUCUAUGAGGACAUAAAGCAGAACCCCAAAAGGGAGAUUCAGAAGAUCCUGGAGUUUGUGGGGCGCUCUCUGCCAGAGGAGACCGUGGAUCACAUCGUCCAGCACACGUCUUUCAAGGAGAUGAAGAAGAACCCCAUGACCAACUACACCACCAUACCCACCAACGUCAUGGACCACAGCGUCUCUGCCUUCAUGAGGAAAGGCGUCACUGGGGACUGGAAAUCCACCUUCACCGUGGCCCAGAAUGAGCGCUUUGAAGCCGACUACGCUGCGAAGAUGGCAGGCUGCGACCUCCACUUCCGCUGGGAGCUGAGUGGCGCCCAUCAGGAUGGGCGUGAAUCAGGCCUCAACAAUAAAAUCUGAUGUGUGUUAAACAGAGCCUCUGCUGGAAGCGAAGAACAAACCUGAGCUAAAAGGGUAAAUGCCCACUGGGACCAAAUGAGGCCAUCUUCCCUGCUGGCUUCCAGCUCACCCUAGUGGGGAGGGAAAGAA